CUGCGUUUGUCGCUGCUGCUCUUUUUGUAAUUGGCGCCAGCAUUAUUUGUUCCGCCAAUAUUGGUUCUAGUAGUAGAAGCAGACGCCUGAAUGACAAUGUCACCACGAGACCUCCCACAACAACGGCUCCUCCAACGACAACGGCACCACCAGUAGGGACAGUCGAGCUAUUUGGGAGAACGUAUCCUGUGGCAACCACGACGAAUAUCUGCCGAGCAUAUGAAGGGCUCCAUGGAACGAUUCCAACAACCAUUGGACGUUUCACCGCUCUGACUUACUUGGGUUUGCAUGGGAACCAGCUGUCGAAUAGCAUCCCAUCCGAGAUUGGAUUGCUCACUGCUUUGACGUACAUGAGCCUGGACAACAACACACUCUCCAACUCGCUUGUUACAGAGAUUGGAUUGCUCACAGCGUUGGAGAUUUUGUGGUUGAAUGACAACCAACUUGGGAACACCCUUCCCUCCGAGAUGGGACGGAUGACAGCAUUGAGUACCCUCAUCUUGUCCCAAAACCUUUUUAUGGCGCCAUUCCGUCCGAGAUGCAAGAAAUGACAGCGCUGGAAAAUUUGUAUUUGUCCUACAACUGGUUAUCCAACACCAUCGCGACAGAAAUUGGUAUGCUAUCAAAAUUGAAAAACUUGUAUCUGUCCCACAAUCAGCAAACUGGCCGCAUUCCGACAGAAAUUGGAUUUCUCACUGGGUUGCAUAACUUGGGCCUGAACUACAAUUUGCUUACAAACAGUGCUCCUUCCGAGAUUGGGCUGUUGACGGCAUUGGAGACACUGUGGUUGUCUGGCAUCGAGCUCACCAAUAGCCUUCCAACAGAAAUUGGAUUGUUGACUUCUUUGAGUUUGUUGUACUUGCGCAACAACCAAUUAUCAGGCAGUGUACCCAGCAAUAUAUGUUCUAACACGAGAUUAGAGUGGAUAUAUGUUGACUGUGUCCCCGAUCCCUUUCCGGUGGAAUGCACCUGCGAUGAGUGUCAGUGCGGCUAGCUACGGUAGUGGACAGGCUGGUGCGCAAAAGGCAUCAUCCAUUGCAAACAGAAGCCUUAUUUUCCAUGCAGCCAUGGUACAGCGUACUUGCGUUCAUCAAACCAGUCAAUGCAGUUUGAAUCGAAUCGUUCCAGAGAUGGGGCACCUCGUAGAGUUCUAACGGGAGAGAGUCGAGUCAGACAUCAAAUCAGAUACCAUGAUUUUCGUACGGCACCCCUGCUUCCCGAGCAUAGCCAAAUGCUGUGUUCAGUACACUUGGGAGUAAAUCGAAUCCAAUGGUCUCUGAGCGGAUCUACCACAGCAUGUCACUGUGGCCCGGACAUUACACCGUGUUGAAUGCAUUCACCCAAGCAAAAUUGUGUAAUUUCUGAUUCAGCCAACUCCAUGCCCUGAGGACGUCAAAGAUCCUUGUGCUCGUCCAACUAGCUGGUGUGCACAGGCCAGGCUUCCUGUGCAAAGGGUCCAACAAUUUGAAAGCUUUAGUUUAUUAGGUUUGCACACACAUAUGACAUAUCUUUAUGUUGUUACUCAAGUGUUUU